AUGUUUCUGUACAACCUGACGCUGCAGCGAGCCACGGGCAUCAGCUAUGCCAUCCACGGGAACUUUUCAGGAACCAAACAACAAGAAAUUGUUGUUUCCCGGGGCAAGAUCCUGGAGUUACUGCGCCCGGAUCCCAACACGGGGAAGGUUCACACCCUGCUGACCGUGGAGGUGUUCGGAGUCAUUCGCUCCCUCAUGGCCUUCAGGCUGACGGGUGGCACCAAAGACUACAUCGUCGUGGGCAGCGAUUCGGGGCGCAUCGUUAUCCUGGAGUACCAGCCUUCGAAGAACGUCUUUGAGAAGAUUCAUCAGGAAACUUUUGGCAAGAGCGGGUGUCGCAGAAUCGUUCCCGGGCAGUACUUGGCUGUGGACCCAAAGGGCCGCGCCGUCAUGAUCA